AGUCCAUUGCAUUCUUGAACACAACGUAAAGGUGUAAGAGAAUGAUAGUUUGGUAAAUCAUAAUAAAAGAAAUCCAAUCAACAACCCAGUCAAUUUAAACGAAAGUGAAAUUGUAACAAAAUCGAGGACAUAAUGCAUACGUUCAGUGCAUCGUCAAACGGAAACCGAAGAUCUGGUCAGACCAUCUCAUCGAUGAGACUCAGUCGAACGAACCAAUCUGUGCAGAGGUUGGUCGAACCAUUUUCUAUUCAAUCCAUGCAAGUAAAUACAAGAGUCCGUGAACCAACAACAACCAAGAAAAAUGAUUCCAUUGCAGAAAAGGACUUUAUUCAACCGAGGGCAACAUCAUUUCGGAUUUAUUUCGAUCGUGGCGAUUUGCCCAUAAAAAUGGCAUAUCUUUGCGGCGGUGAAAAAAUUUCGUGGACGGUGGAUAUCGAAAAAUUAGAUUACAGUUUGUAUUUGCCGUUGUUCUUUGAUGGACUAUCGGAAACGAAGCAUCCGUAUAAAACGUAUGCAAGGCAAGGUGUUCAGGAUUUGUUACGAUCUGGUGGAGAUAAAAUUUAUCCGGUGAUACCACAGCUGAUUAUACCGAUAAAAAAUGCGUUGAAUACUAGAAAUUUGGACGUUAUGUGCAUAACGCUGAAAGUUUUACAACAGUUAGUCAUGUCGUCUGACUUGAUAGGUCAAGCACUUGUUCCCUUUUAUAGACAAUUGCUGCCAAUGUUCAAUGCUUACAAAGUCAAAAACCUAAAUUGUGGUGAUAAAAUUGACUACUCGCAAAAGAACAACACAAACCUCGGCGAUUUGAUUGACGAAACUCUUACCAUUCUUGAACGACAUGGAGGCGAAGAUGCGUUCAUCAACAUCAAAUACAUGGUGCCGACGUAUGAAUCGUGCUACCUGAAUUAAAUUUUCUGAAUGUGAUAUUAAGGCGGUGGUGCUUCGCAUUUUGUGGUUAUGAUUCGAUUAGUAACUGAUAAAACCAGACUUUUUAAAAUGACCAGAUUUUCAACAAUUAAAAAGUGAAUAGAUAGAGAACGUUUUGUAGACGGCGAGCAUGUCACUCACUGGAAGAAUUCUAUGUUAUUAUCGAAUCUAUUAUUUUGUCUGAUCCAAACAUUUGCAACAGAUUUCUUGAAAAUCUUUUACUUCAUUAGUUUGAACGUAGAUUUUGUUAUAUAUUCGUCCGCAUUAGCCAGAGCUAAUCGAUUUUUGCCGUUGCAGUGGGUAACAUAUGAUAAAGGCGUUGUUAAUUUAAUAAAAGUCUGUCUUCUGUUUAUUAAAAAAUCGAUGAAAUAAUUCUGUGAGAUAUUGAAGCACCAUCUCAAUUUAAGUUGUAAAUAGUACGAUUUUAUUGCCAUGAUCCAAGGAAUUGUUUUUUAGUUUGUCAACAAUUGAUGUAACUCGGAUUUAUCGAAAAUAAAUUGAUCAAAUUUUACCUUU